AUGACUGUGAGGGCUGCCUCAAGCAGUAUGGCCCAGCUCCGCUGCCAGCUCUGGACCAGUAUCCUCCUCUUCGGGGGAGCUGCCCCACACAAACACAUCCUCCGGUUAUGUGGUUCCGGGGGCGCCCCCCGUUCCUACGUGACCCACAUCUCCCUCACCACAGCUGACUGGUUCAGGGGUCAGCCAGUCCCAUCCCUUACGCCUCCUGUUGUCGGCUUAAGGACCGCGAGCCCACCGCCUGACUCCCAUAACGAACGCCACUUCCGGUCCACCCCAGAGCGGCCGCCCUCUUCGCUCCGAGGCAGCUACCGCAGGCCCCGCGGCUUCACCUUCACGCCCACCACGAUGCCCUUGCCGUCCGCCACGCUGCCCGCGCCGCCCUCGCAGGUGGGCCAGAGCUACCACCCCGACUGCGAGGCCGCCAUCAACAGCCAUUUCAACCUGGAGUUCCACGCCUCCUUAAUGUGCCUGACCGCAGCCAUUUACCUCGACCACUGCGACGUGGCCUUGAAGCACUUCAGCUGGUUCUUCGUGCGCCGCUCCCUCCAGCACAGCGGUUGGGCCCGGCGCCUGAUGCGCCUGCAGAACCAGCGCGGGAGCCGCAUCCACUUCCAAGACAUCAGGAGACCAGUCAGUAUCGAGUGGAAGAGCGGCCUCAAGGCCAUGAAGUGCACCUUGUUCCUGGAGAAGUUCGUGAAUCGCAGCCUGCGCCACCUGCACCAGCUGGCCAUCGACAAGAGGGACCCCCACCUGCACCGCUUCCUAGCCACUCACUACCUCAGCCAGCAGGUGGCGUUCAUCAGCGAGCUGGAGGGUCAUGUCACCACCCUGAGCAUGAUGGGGGCCCCGGACGUCGACCUGGCAGGGUCCCUCUUUGACAAGCUCACCCUGGGCGACAGCGACAAGAACUGA